AUGGACGAGCAGGUGUGUGGCCUGGAUUCUAUCGUUCCCCCACCCAGCUAUGUGGGUAAGCGAAAGAGGGAAGAAGAGGAGGGGGAAAAGGAGGAGGAGGAGGAGGAGGAGGAGGAGAGAGAGAUCAAAAUCGGAUUAAAUGAGCAGGAUGAGCGCCUGUUAAGUAAUUGA